CGAGCUUUUGCUCCUUCCGACCUUAAUCCACCACAACAAUUCAUACCACCCACUAUGCUGUCACGAAUAUUCCGAGCCAUUGCGUAUCUCGCGAUAGUCCUGGCGUGUCUACUACAACUCGCAGCGGCAAAUGUGGAGAAGGAAAUAUUCCUCGGCCCGCCGGCGUCCACAGAUCCGGACGUGUCGUUGGCCGGCCACCUCGUCCCACAGCUGGCGUCCUCAGAACAUUGUAGCAACUGUCGCGCGAUUAGGACGCGACUGAAUACAUCAUUUGUCGGGAAGGGGGUAGAGCACUGGGUUAGAGUCAAUGGGCUUGAGGAAGGGAGGAGGUAUGAAGUUAGGAUAUGUUGGGCCGCUACUCAACCGACGGAUUUUACGCUGGAUCUGUUUACUCCUGAUCAAGUUCUGAGGGACUCGGCGUUGCUGGAGGGCAUUCUAGCUUAUCCCCAAGAUGGCGCUGUCCAGGAGAUCUCUGGCUCGAAGCUCUAUCUGAGAGUCCUCGCGAAGACGGCAUAUGUCUCUUCGCAAAAAUCCCGAAUGGAGAACCCAGAGCCCGUGGAUGUCGACAUAAUUCUGGACCCGUAUUUUCUUAAUGUUGUACCCGAGUCUUUACUCAAGAUUAUUCCGAUUAUAGUGAUGGUUGCGGUGUUUGCAUGGUGGGUCGGCGGGUGGAUACAUCGAGCUCUGUUGGACUUUGCGGUGAAAUCGGCGGCGGCGGAGAAGAAGCAUAGAUGAUCUCUUUGUAUGUGUUAUACUAUACCACUCUAAUUGAAGGCCAC